CGAGCUUUCAAGACUCCAAUCUUCCACUUCGACCAAUGGGAGGCGUUGAAGGAAAAGAUUAGCAAGAAAAUAGAGACCUGGGGACGCUCCGUCGCGUCGUUUCAGAAGUCAGAUCGAUCAACUUCACAAGCACUCGUCGCAAAUACUCACCGGCGUCAAUCCUUGCUCUCAAGAAAUGGAGAACGAGAGGUUUGAAUAACAAUUGGAAAGUUGGAACUCAAGACCAUAAGUGAUCUAAAGAAAGAUUCUGUUGCUUUCCAUGAGAUGAUUAUCUCGAGCAAUGGUGAUCUUGGAGAAUGGUUACAAAAGAUGUCAUCCAUCCUUAUGAAUUUGAAGGACUACGUUGAAAUGGGAAACCCUGAAGCUGAUAAUUCCGAGGCUGAAAAGAGUUCAUUUAAGCACAGAUCUCCCGUUAUCCCAGAUGAUUUUCGAUGCCCAAUUUCUCUAGAACUAAUGAAAGAUCCUGUGAUUGUCUCUACUGGACAGACCUAUGAAAGAUCGUGCAUCCAAAAAUGGCUAGAUGCAGGACACAAGACUUGUCCAAAGACACAGCAAACACGGUUGCAUACUGCUCUAACACCUAAUUAUAUUUUGAAGAGUUUGAUGGCAUUGUGGUGUGAAAGCAAUGGUGUUGAGCUGCCUAAACAACAAGGAUGUGUCGUGUGGAAAGCAAUGGUGUUGAGCUGCCUAACACAACAAGGAGAGAAAUUGGCAAAUGGGAAUCCAGAACAACAAAGAGCAGCUGCUGGAGAGCUACGUUGGCUAGCAAAGCGGAAUGCUGAUCCUGCCCUUAUACCAAUAGUUUCUCAUGCUGGCAAGAGCCCUUAUACCAAUAAAUUGGUGCUUGUACUUUUUCUAUGUGUAGUGUGA